UAAGAAAUCUCAUGUGGCGAAAUUAAUUGUACAGCAUUUUCAUGAGAAGUCAGCUCAUCAGGGCAGACACAUCACCGAGGGUGCGAUUAGAAACAAAGGCUACUGGAUUAUUGGUGCAAAGAAAUUAAUUUCGUCUGUGAUUCAUAAGUGUAUUAUAUGCAGAAGAUUACGAGGGAAAUUUGAAAGUCAGAGGAUGGCAGAUUUACCACCAGACAGAAUUACUCCAGGACCUCCAUUCAGUGCAGUUGGAGUAGAUACGUUCGGACCCUGGACCAUCGUCACACGUAAAACACGUGGAGGACAAGCUGAAAGUAAACAGUGGGCAAUUAUGUUUACAUGUUUGACAACUAGAGCAAUUCAUAUUGAGUUAGUGGAGUCAAUGUCCAGCUCAUCUUUCAUCAAUGCGUUACGUAGAUUUAUCGCACUUCGUGGGAAUGUGUCUUUAUUUCGAUCAGACAGAGGUACUAACUUUAUCGGAGCUACAGAAGAUCUUGGGAUUGACGUAACAAAAGGACCAGUGAAAAACUUCGUUGAUAAGUCGAAGAUUGUGUGGACAUUCAAUGCUCCCCACUCUUCCCACAUGGGAGGAGUGUGGGAGAGAAUGAUUGGAUUAACACGUCGAGUAUUGGAUACACUACUCUUAGGACCUAAAGGAAAAAAUGUCACUCACGAGGUACUUAGUACAUUGAUGGCCGAAGUGACAGCCAUAAUUAAUUCAAGACCAAUUACUACUAUAUCUAACGAUCCUGAGGUACCAUUUGUGUUGAGUCCAGCAAUGCUUUUGAAUCAGAAGAUAUCCGGUCACUAUUCUAUAUGUAUGGAUGUUGACAUACGUGAUAUAUACAAAGAACAGUGGAAGCAAGUACAAGUCUUAUCUGACUUAUUCUGGCAACAGUGGAAAACCUAUUACCUUCAGAACUUACAAUCCCGUCGAAAGUGGACAUCUGAAAGAACAAACAUGAAGGUUGGAGAUGUAGUAGUCAUCAAGGAUCGUGAGUCUGCAAGAUGUCAGUGGUCUAUUGGACUUGUGGAAGAAGUUUUCCCCAGUGCAGAUGGACUCGUGCGGAAGGCUUUUGUGCGUGUUAUGAUUAAUGGAAAACCGUGUACAUAUACAAGACCAAUAAGUGAACUUAUUCGACUCAUAGAUUAG